CUAAACUCCUCCCUUUGUCUUCAAAUAGCAAUGUAGAGGAUGUUUCCAUAGUACAACACCAGAGGAAAACUCUUCUGGAGCAGAAAGGAAAGGGAGACCAGUAUUUUUGAAGUGAAAUCGAACACAUUUCAAAUGUGCUACAGAAUGACUGCUGAUCUCAAACUUCUCCUCCUUACCAUCUCCAUCCUCAAUGGCCCACUCACCUGCUAUGGCUUCAAAAUUUGUGCCUUUAAUGUCCAAAGUUUUGGUGACUCUAAAUCAGGCGAUCCCAAAAUCAUGAAUUCUGUAUCACGGAUUGUAGCUCGUUGUGACAUAUGCUUGCUCCAGGAGGUCAGAGACCAGAAAAAUAGAGCCAUACCCCGCCUGAUUGCUGCACUCAAUGGACUUUCCAGAGUUGGUGAGUAUGACUAUGUGGCAAGUGGGCGUCUCGGGAGAACACAAACCUAUCAGGAGCAAUACGUUUUUGUUUACAGGAAAAGUACAGCCAAGCUGAAAAAUCAGUAUCAGUAUCCAGACACACAGAAAGGGGACGUGGAUGCUUUCUCCAGAGAACCCUUUGUGGUACAUUUUGAGGCUCCUAAAACAGUGGCCAAGGAGUUUGUCUUGAUCCCACAGCACACAACUCCUUCAAAUGCCACCAAAGAGAUUGACGAACUCUAUGAUGUCUUUGUGGAUAUUAGUGAGCGUUGGAAAAUAAAGAAUGUGAUGUUCCUUGGCGACUUCAAUGCAGCUUGUGGUUAUGUGGCUAAGAAGAACUGGAAGAACAUCAGACUUUUCUCUGACACCUCUUUCAUUUGGCUCAUUAAAGAUAAUGUGGACACUACAGUGAAACAGUCGACUGACUGUGCGUAUGACAGAAUUGUUGUGCAUGGAGAGCCAUUUCUUAGAGCAAUUGAGCCAUUUUCAGCACAGCCAUUCAAUUUUGCCAAGGAAUUACAUCUAACAGAGGCUCAGGCUCUAGAAGUAAGUGAUCACUACCCCAUUGAGGUGGAACUAAAGAAGACUAAAGAGUCAAGGAUUUUCACAAGCAACAAAGCAUCUCGUCUUCUGCCUACAGCCAUUGUCCUCAAUAUAGUAUUGCUCUUUCUGAUAAUAUAAACACAAGCAGAAGUUGGUUUUCACCUAGAUGAAGACUUUACAUUGCUGUUAAACAGCUGCCAUGUACUUGAUCUUAAACCAAGCCACAGCUGCUUCUACACAAUGUGAUGGAUAGUUGUGACUGACAAUUCUUCAUUUUUUAAUAGGCAAUCAAAAUAAUUAUAAUCAUUAGGAAUUUCAGAUAAUCAUUUCAGAAUUUCACUUAAUUUAGUGAAGCCACCUCAGGUUGCGUUUUCCUAUUCUCUUUUGUGUUUUUCAUGGAUAUAAAGCUGUUAAGCCUUGACAUCAAUUUGUUGGUGAACUGGAAGAGAAUUGCCAUGGGUUCCCUCAGGAUUUGCCUAUGGGAUUUUUGAACUUCUGUGUAAAAUAAGGUCUUUUGUAAUCACUUGACAAAACAUGGCCGUUUUGUUCUACAACAUUAAUUACAAACGUGUAAUACAUAAUACAGCUUUAAAAUUCAUGUUUGAGGUAUGACUGUGUGUAAAUUAUGUUCUCUCAUCCUUGAUAACUUUGUAAUUUUUUUAAAUAGUAAAAUUUUCUUAACAUUUUGAAAAUAUAUUUUACCUGCCACUGUGUACACUAUGGGCCUAUAUAGGGUAAAAUGAACCCUUACACCUCGUCCUAAUCAGACCCAAUGUAAUAAGAUUCAAGCGACAAGCUAUCUGCUGGUCCACACCAGACGCAACACUUCUCAUCGAUAUUCACUCACUAAAAUGACGAUGACUGAAAAUAACUAGCAGA